UUUUUUUUUCUCUGUCCUUCCAUCAAUCUCCAUUCGCCGUUUUCGCUCAUCACACAACCCCAUCUUGACCACCGAUAUGUCAACGCAAAAGGAAUACGACAGCAUGACUGAGGAAGAGCGCGCUGUCUUCGAUGCUGCUGCCCGUAAGAAGGAGGAAGAGGAGCAAGCAGCCCUCCCCUACAAGUGGAAGCAGACCCUGGGCGAUGUGUCCGUGUCUGUUGAGGUCCCCAAGGGUACUCGUAGCAAGGACCUCGUCGUGGAUAUCAAGAAGAAGUCGUUGAAGGUCGGCCUGAAGGGUCAGACGCCCAUUAUCGAUGGCGUAUUGUUCAAGGAUAUCAAGGUGGACGAUUCAACCUGGACUUUGGACAGCCAAAAGGAGGUCAACAUUCAUCUGGAAAAGUACAAGGGUACCGAGUGGUGGAAGUGUGUCAUUGAAGGACACCCCGAAAUCGAUACUACAAAGGUCGUCCCCGAAAACUCAAAGCUGAGCGACCUGGAUGGCGAAACAAGGGGCAUGGUCGAAAAGAUGAUGUUUGAUCAGAGACAAAAGGCGGCAGGCAAGCCUACCAGCGAUGAUCUGAAGAAGGCUGAGGCGCUCAAGAGGUUCCAGGCACAGCACCCAGAAAUGGAUUUCAGCAACGCCAAGAUGGGAUAAACGAAGAACCGACUGGAUAAGGCCUGCGAGUCUUGACCAAGAAGAGCAACAAAACAUUGAAAUAAACGAUUGGUUAUCGCUACACAUGGAGCAUCGAACAGCAUAUCAU